CUUGGUAGAUAAAAGACAUUCUCGCACUCAAGUAUAUGGAAACGUAUCUCAAUGAAUUCAGUUCUACCAGCAUGGUAAAGGUUUAUAGGAUGCAACGAGUUACUCUGCUGAUCUUGGGAUUUUUGGCCAGCUCUGAAGGAUUGCCACAUCCUGUUGGAUACUAUCCUCUGAAUUCGUCAAGUGAAGCAAAUGAUUUCAGUUCGUCCAACAAUCCAGCAGGGACCAUCUCCAAUGCACAGCCUGCUCUGGGGCUCUAUGGCGAAGUUGGUGGGUCAUAUCAGUUCACCGGAGCACGCUCACCACCAAGUUAUAUAUAUCUUAACGCAUCAUAUAAUUUGAAUACAAGAUCCUCGAUCACUCUUCUCGUCUGGGUUUUUCCACGAGGCAGAGAUGGAGAAAUUCUUUCCUACUGGAAGAACUCUAACUACGGAGUGAGUUUAGUACUCGAAAAUUAUCGCCCAGUCUUCCACGUUAACUCUCUUGAUCGCACCACGAAGUACUCCGUGAGAAGUAAAUACAACUUGCUACUGAAUAAAUGGAGUCACAUCACUGGGGCAUAUGACAAUGACAGUCAAGUGGCAACACUUUACGUGGAUGGAGUAGAAGUGGCAAACUCAACAGCAAAAGGAAUUCAAAAAUUAGCAACAGAGUCUUCUUUGUGGCUUGGUUACCUGUUCAAGGGAAGAUUGUCCCAAGUUUGGAUUUUCAAGGAUGCACUCUCUUUGUACAACAUAUCUCAAGUAAAGGAUUACAACAAACCAUCAUUGGCAAGCUCAAGUUCAUCAACUGCUAUGUUAACAUCAGCAAAACUAUCGCCAACAUCAUCUACGACGCCCUUGGACAAUGCAUUACCAAAUUCUGAAUUACCAAUACCAGGCACAAUACUUAAUCCAACGAUUACAAGAACGUCUUAUCAAGUGACAAUUCAUAAUACAUUAGCUGUCAAUCAAACCUUUGCAAUCACCACAACCACUGUCAAUCAGACUUUUCAAUCCUUUACGCCUACCGUCAAUCAAACUGUUCCGGUCACCGCCUCCCAGACAACACCAUUGAAUGCAUCGGCAAUCGUGAAACAGAAUUUUACGUCAGAAAGUCUAACUUUCAACAUCACAUCAUCUCGUGCCACUGUUUCGCAAUCGAUACUUGGAAGUAGUAUCAACCAAGAUGGGAAGUUGUGCAAAAGAAAACCCGAUCUCGUCGCAUUCAUCUACGGAGGCAUUGAGGUCAUCCGAGGUCAUAACGAAAACAUCACGAUGAAUGCGUCGCUUUCAUAUGACCCGGAUGUUGGCAUCGGGGAUCACUCAGGAAUGAACUUUACCUGGUUUUAUGGUGAGAUCACAGGCAAUUACACCGGCCUGCAGACAGCUACAAAUGAUUCUCUUACAGGACUUGACGAGUCAAUUAUUCGUUAUGCUGGGAACGAUUUUGGAGCAGAAAUUACCUUUAACACAGCACCACUGCUCCUCAACAGGACAUACGUGGUUAAACUGGUUGUCUCUAAAGACUAUCGCAGCUCACGCGUAUAUCAAAUUAUUCAUUUGGUGAAAGGAGACCCACCUGAGAUAACUCAACGAUGCCUGGUAAACUGUGGACUUAAAAUAGUUCCAUCGGUUAAACUCAGUAUUCAGUCACAAUGCCAGGGGUCCCUGUGCUCUAAUAUCUCUUCGUAUUAGUGGAUACUUUAUGAACAAGCCUCCUCAGCUACAAACAACGACAUCUGGAAAAGAAGACAACAUUUACAGCUUAUUGCAAACACACCACUCGGUUCAAGUAACAUCGUCAUCAA